UGGUUGUCACUCAACGUGGGGCUGUUUUGGAAAACGUUCCGGCGAUAUUAUCACGAGCAGCAGUAUUACUAUCUGCAUCAGAUGUUGGGGCUAGGAUUGUGCCUCAGCAGAGCUUCUGCGUCUGUCCUCAACCUCAACUGCAGCCUGGUCCUGUUGCCCAUGUGCCGGAUUCUCCUGGCCUCCCUCCGAGGAUCUCGGAAGGUGUCCAGCCGAAAAACCAGGAGGCUGAUCGACAAAAGCAAAACAUUCCACGUCACGUGCGGUGCCACGAUAUGCAUCUUUUCAGUGAUUCAUGUUGCUGCUCACCUGGUGAACGCUUUGAACUUCUCUGUGAACUACAAUGAAGAGUUUCUAGCACUCAAUGCAGCCAGCUACCAUGGUGAGGAUCCCAGGAAACUCCUGUUUGCCACAGUACCUGGAUUAACUGGGGUUCUUAUGGUGCUGGUAUUAUUCCUAAUGUCUACAGCUUCUACUUAUGCCAUUAGGGUGUCUAAUUAUGACAUUUUCUGGUAUACCCACAACCUCUUUUUUGUCUUCUACUUGCUGCUGAUGUUGCAUGUUUCAGGAGGAGUUCUAAAAUAUCAAACUAAUUUAAAGGAGCAUCCCCCAGGGUGUUUUAACCCCAAUGAGACAAUUCAAGAGAACAGCCGGUUUGCAGAUGACAUUGAAAAGUCGCUCCCUGAAAAUGCCCUGGAGCCUUUCCCAGGAGAGUUCAGCAAGCUGGAACCUCUUCUCCAAAACAGCUUUGUUUGUGCAGAGGAACCGAAAUUCCAAGCUCAUUUCCCUGAGACUUGGCUUUGGAUCUCCGGGCCGCUGUGCUUGUAUUGUGCAGAGAGGCUCUACCGCUACAUCUGUAGCAGCAACAAACCAGUCACCAUCACUGCGGCGAUCCGCCACCCCUGCGAUGUCCUCGAGGUACAGAUGACAAAGGAAGACUUCAAGGCGAGACCUGGGCAGUAUAUCAUUCUACACUGCCCCAGUGUGUCGUCCGUGGAAAGCCAUCCUUUUACCUUAACAUUGUGCCCAACAAUUACCAAAGCGACAUUUGGAGUCCAUGUUAAAGUUGUAGGAGACUGGACAGAGAGAUUUCGGGAUCUUCUGCUACUCCAUUCUGGUUGGGAUUCUGAGAUUCUGCCAGUCUUCCAGCAAAGGCAUUAUCCUAAGCUUUAUGUAGAUGGUCCCUUUGGGAGCCCUUUUGAAGAAUCUUUCAAUUACGAGAUCAGCCUCUGUGUGGCUGGAGGCAUUGGAGUGACUCCGUUUGCAUCGAUCCUCAACACCCUGCUCGAUGACUGGAAACGCUACAAGCUCAGGAGACUUUACUUCAUUUGGGUGUGCCGAGACAUCCAGUCCUUCCGCUGGUUUGCUGAUCUGAUUUGCAAGUUGCACCACAAGCUCUGGCAAGAAAACCGGCCGGAUUUUGUCAAUAUCCAGCUAUACCUUAGCCGGACAGACGGGAUGCAGAAAAUAAUUGGAGAGAAAUACCAAGUGCUGAACCGCCGGCUUUUCAUUGGACGGCCUCGCUGGAAACUUCUAUUUAAUGAAAUCGCCAAGUGUAACAGACAGAAGACUGUGGGCGUUUUUUGCUGUGGACCUAGUGGGAUCUCCAAAGCCCUUCACAAGCUGAGCAAUAGCGGCAAUCCCUAUGGGACAAAGUUUGAAUACAACAAGGAAUCCUUCAGCUGAAAGCCUCCGGGAUGUUGCAAAGACUGUUCGGAAGACCUGUGUGC